AUGGAAUAUACUUAUGUUAUGAUUAAACCCGAUGGAGUAAAACGUAGAUUAGUUGGUGAAAUUAUUACCAGGAUUGAAAAGAAAGGUUUUGGUAUCGAAUACAUUCAGACUGAUUUAGCUAAGAAAGAAGUCUUAGAAGAGCAUUACGGCCACUUAAAAGAUAAGCCUUUCUUCCCAGCUAUUCUUGAAUAUAUGACUUCUGGUCCGGUUGUUAAAAUGAUUGUUUCGGGUGAUAACGUAGUAGCUGGUAUUAGAAAGCUUUUAGGAGCAACUAAUCCAGCUGAAGCCGAAGUUGGUACUAUUCGUGGUGAUUUAGCUGUAGCUACUGGCCGUAAUCUUUGCCAUGCUUCUGAUUCCUUUGAGAACGCCAAGAAGGAAGUUGGUCUUUGGACUACAGGAUUCAAUCCAGAAAGUAACGUUAUCUUUGAUCAUGCUUUGAUCUAUGAAUAA